ACUUAUACAUAUAUGAUGAUCUGUCAUCUACUCUGACAGAUUAAACGUAUUGCAUAUUGCAUUGGCAAGAAAAUAUCAAACACAAAUGGUAUAUCAGCGUGGAAAUCAGAAGGAAGGUUCUCCCCAUUAUGUAUUUCUUUAUUCGGAUGACGAAAAUAGUGGAGAUGAAGAAAAUUUUCCUUUACAGACACGCACUAGUACUACAUCUUCCCCGAGGAAAGUGGAAGUGAUAAAUGUGAUAGUUAAACCGGAGGAUACAUUGCAAGCAUUAGCACUACGAUACAGAUGUACAAUAUCAGAAUUAAAAAGAAUAAACAAGAUUCAUAAAGAGAAUGAAAUAUAUGCUCGGAGACACAUUAAAGUGCCAAUUCAACCAUUUUCUAUUUUAACAGAAAGUUUGGAUCAAACUUCAACAGUAAAAGAAGAAAAAUUAAACGAUGAUUCUGCACUAACUGAAUCAGAUACUAUUACAAGAGUGCAACCAUUAAUAAAUUUAACAAAUGUUUCUGUUCCUAUUGAUCUUCCUAAAACUGAAAUUAAUAAUAUUAUACUAAAUUCAGUAUGCGAACCUUUAGCAACGUAUAAAUCAAAUAACACAUCAGAAACAUAUUCAACAGAAACCGAUCAGUUACUUAAUUCUACAGAAAGUGAGGUAAUAACACAAUCACAUAUUGUGGAUACAUUUAAAUGUUCUGGUGAUGAUUGUGGGUUAUCGUGGACUCAACUUUUGGGAGCUACUCUAUUAUUAGGUUUAGCUGGUCCUAUUAUAUACAUAUUGUAUAUAACUUCUAAAGAAAACCAUUAAAGUAACAUAAAAUAUAGAAAUAUAGUAACUGAUUCCACGAAAACAGCAUGUAAAUGGAAACCGUAUAAAUGUAAUCAUGAAAAAAAAACAUUUGCAUGUGUUAAUUAAGUCUGUUUGUAAGUAUACAUGAAAAAUUAGAAUCUCGAUAUAAUAAUAAUUACUAAAAAAAAGUGCCUUUAUAUAUGAAUAAUAUA